AUGCUCACAGCUGUCGACGCGCCAGUGUCACGUAUCGAGCUGGCAUUCGGUGGCUCCCGCAAACUGUUCAGCACGUCCUCGGGUGACCCGGUCGAGCGAGCUGUCUCGAUCCUCCACGAGCACCUCGAGCCCGCCAAGCCCUGCGAUGUGACAUGCGGUGGUCCCUCGGGCGCGUACAUCGGCAAACCCAAGCACGCUUCUGGGCGAAAGAGCAGUGAGACAUUCUCAGCACCCGUAGCGCGUCUGGGCACGAGCGCCUCUGCUCCUGUGCCGCUCGCCAAGUGA